UUUAUUAAAUCAGUAUUUACAUUUCCUGCUCUUGACAGUGGGAUGUUCUAUGAUGGAAACCAUACUUACCUUAUUGAGCCAGAUGAAAACUACACUUCAGAUGAUGACUUCCAUUUCCACUCUGUUUACAAAUCCAAGUUGUUUGAGUUUCCUUCGGAUGACCUGCCAUCUGAGUUCUCGCAAAUGAAUACUACAUCGCAGAAGUUUGUGGUAAAGCCAAGACACGAAAGGAGUAAAAGGCAGGUUCGUCAGAUUCCACGUAAAGUUGAAGAGGAAACAAAAUACAUUGAGUUAAUGAUUGUCAAUGAUCAUCUCAUGUGUAAAAAGCACCGCUUGUCAGUCGGCCAUACAAACAGCUAUGCUAAAUCGGUUGUGAACAUGGCAGAUUUAAUAUAUAAAGAACAACUUAACACCAGGAUAGUAUUGGUUGCCAUGGAAACCUGGGCUACUGAUAACAAGUUCACCAUAUCUGAAAACCCCUUGGUGACCCUGCGUGAGUUUAUGAAAUAUAGGAGGGAUUUUAUCAGAGAGAAAAGUGACGCAGUUCACCUUUUUUCGUACUCUGAGAAGGAGGAGGGAAGAUGGUAUAACUUUUGUGGAGACAAUUUGUCAUGUGAGGGUUGUGAGGGGAGUCGAUUUCAGAGCAGUCGGAGUGGUGUAGCCCACACUGGUGGAAUCUGCUCCUUGCUUAAAGGCGGAGGUGUGAAUGAGUUUGGAAAGCCAGACUUAAUGGCAGUUACUCUGGCACAGACCUUGGCCCAAAACAUUGGCAUUUUCUCAGACAGAAGAAAACUUAUAAGUGGUGAGUGUAAGUGUGAGGACACGUGGUCUGGAUGCAUAAUGGGAGACACAGGGUAUUAUCUUCCAAGCAAGUUCUCCAAAUGUGAUAUUGAAGAGUAUCAUGAAUUUUUAAACAAUGGAGGUGGAGCCUGCCUUUUCAAUAAACCAACCAAACUUCUGGAUCCUCCAGAAUGUGGCAAUGGCUUUGUGGAAGAUGGAGAAGAGUGUGACUGUGGGACGAUAGCAGAGUGUGCCAGUGAAGGAGGAGAGUGCUGCAAUACUUGCACCCUGACGGCAGGUUCCCAGUGCAGCAACGGGCUUUGCUGUCGAAAGUGCCGGUUUGAACCUAAAGGAGUUUUGUGCCGAGAAGCAGUGAAUGAUUGUGAUAUUGCAGAGAACUGCACAGGAAAUUCCAGUCAGUGUUCUCCCAAUAUUCAUAAAAUAGAUGGGUAUUCAUGUGAUAACAAGCAGGGUAUCUGUUUUGGAGGAAGAUGUAAAACCAGGGACCGGCAGUGUAAAUAUAUCUGGGGUGAAAAAGUGACAGCUGCUGACAGGUACUGCUAUGAGAAGCUGAAUAUUGAAGGGACUGAGAAAGGAAACUGUGGAAGAGACAAGGACUCUUGGAUACAGUGCAAUAAACAGGAUGUGCUUUGUGGAUACCUUCUGUGCUCCAAUAUAUCCAGUGUGCCCAGACUUGGAGAACUUGAUGGUGAAAUCACAUCAUCAAUCUUGCAGUUUGGAAAAGUCUACAAUUGCAGCGGCGGCCAUGUGAAGCUCGAUGAGGAGACGGACCUGGGCUAUGUGGAGAACGGGACGCCGUGCGGGCCAAACAUGGUGUGCCUUGAGCAUCGCUGCCUCCCCACCGAGGCCUUCAACUUCAGUACCUGCCCAGGCACCACAGACAGCCAAAUUUGUUCAGGACAUGGUGUUUGUAGCAAUGAAAUAAAGUGUGUCUGUGACCGAUUCUGGGGAGGAGAUGACUGCAGUUCUCGCAUCAAAGAUGAUAUAUUUUUUGAUAAAGAUGCCAUCAAUAAAGGUGUUGUCAGCACAAAUAUAAUAAUCGGGGCUAUUGCUGGCACCAUUUUAGUGUUGGCUCUCGUUUUAGGAAUAACUGGUUGGGGUUACAAAAACUACAGAAGACAGAGACAAAUACCCCAGGGAGAUUAUGUAAAAAAGCCUGGAGAGGCCGACUCUUUUUAUAGCGACAUGCCUCCUGGAGUCAGCACAAACUCUGCAUCUAGUUCUAAGAAGAGGUCAAAUGGAUUAUCUCAUUCCUGGAGUGAAAGGAUCCCAGACACAAAACAUAUUUCAGACAUUUGUGAAAAUGGAAGGCCUAGGAGUAAUUCUUGGCAAGGUAAUAUAGGAGGAAACAGAAAGAAAGUCAGAGGCAAAAGAUUUAGGCCACGGUCUAAUUCAACUGAGACACUGUCUCCUGCAAAAUCUCCAUCUUCGUCCACUGGAUCUAUUGCUUCCAGCAGAAAAUACCCUUACCCGAUGCCACCACUUCCUGAUGAGGAGAAAAAAGCCAACAGGCAAAGUGCCAGCUGUGGGAGACAUCCAUUUAGCUGCACUGUUUUCCUUGGGUGA